AUGCCUUUAAUUAUAAUUUGCGGCACCCCAGUCAGUGGCAAAACGACGAGGGCAAGAGAAUUGAAGGAUUACUUUGAAAACACUCACAGCAAACAAGUGGUAAUAAUAUCUGAAGACGAAGCUUUGCAUAAGUUAGGUUAUGAUAAGGAGUCUAUGUAUCUGGACUCGCAGAAGGAGAAGAGAGUUAGAGGAUAUUUGAAGUCGGAGGCUAUUCGGCUGGUUGGAAAAGACAAUGUCGUUAUAUUGGAUGGGAGUAAUUAUAUCAAAGGCUACAGAUAUGAACUCUAUUGUGCAUCUAAAGCAUCAAAAUCAACCCAAUGUACCCUUUAUACUAUAAGAUUCCAUCAAGAUGCAUGGGAAGACAAUCAGAAGAGAAUCAAGGCAAAAGAGGAAGGCAACGGAAACACAGACAUCCAUACCGAACCAUAUACAGAAGAAGUUUUCAAUGCUCUUACUAAAUUAAGAUUUGAAGAACCUAACUCAAACAACAGAUGGGACAGUCCACUAUUUACGGUUCAACCGACUGAUACAUUAAAUAUGGAUGCAAUAUAUGAUGUCUUGUACAAACGGAAACCACCUCCUCCCAAUAUGAGCACACAGAAUCCCCCACUUUCAUCAACAAACUUCCUCUAUGAACUGGACAGCACCACACAAGCGAUCGCAAAACGGAUACUAGAAGCCAAAGAGUUUGACGCGAUGGAUGUAAAGUUUCCGGAAUACCCAGGCUGCACCAUAGAUGCCGGUGUCAUGCAGCUGGUGAACCCUCAGAACUUGCUGCGUUUACGACGUCAGUUCCUGACAUAUGCAAAAAUGAAUCACUCUAACGAGAACGCCAAUAAGAUAGGAAGAUAUUUCAUACAAUAUUUGAAUAGAACACUUAUGGACUAA